GUUUCCCCGCCCUCAGUCAGCUGUCACACGGUUGUUUGCAAACAGUUCCGUCCGCCGGGUCCAUGGUCCCGUCCUCGUCCUCUGCGCCCCUGUAGCUGCUCCACCAUGGGUGGGAACGACGACAGCGAAAUCAUAGAGCACCACGUGGAGGAGGAGAUGGAGAAGAAGGGCACGAGGAGCCACGCAGCCUCCUCCUCCUCGUUCCUGGAGAGCGUCACUCCGUCCGACAGAGAGGGCCACAGCGGCACCCAGUCCUCCCACAGACUGCUGGCCUACAGCGAUGCUCUCAUCUCCAUCAUCGCCACCGUCAUGAUUUUACCUGUCGCUCACACAAAGAUGGAGGAUAAUGAGGAGUUGAGGGAGAGCGUUCAGCUGCUGCUGACGACAAAGAUCGCUGUUUACUUAAUGACAUUCCUGAUUGUGACUGUAGCGUGGGCCGCUCACAUCAGGUUAUUUCAAGUAAUAGUUCGCAUCGAUGACUGCCUGGCACUGCUGAACCUCGCCUGCAUGAUGCUGAUAACCUUCCUGCCCUACACAUUCGCUCUGAUGGCCAACUUCCCUGAGAACGUCCUGGGGAUUUUACUCUUCUGUGGCUGUGUGAUGGUGAUGGGCAUCAUUCAGUCGGUGAUUGUGCUGUACGCCUUCAGCCGUCCCUUCCUGCUGAACGAGCAGAUCCAGAUCUCAGAGAACCAAACCUUCUACAAACACCACAUCCUCAAAGUCAUCAUGCGGGUUCCCCUCAUGUGCUUCUUCGCCAGCAUCUUCUCCUUCAUCUUCUUCCAGCUGUCGUACGUGCUGUUGGCAAUCAUCAUCUUCCUGCCGUAUAUCUCCCAGUCUGUGAAGUGGUGUCGCAGUAAAGCAAUUGGUCAGGUGGAGGAGACUCCAGACUCCAUGUUGUUUUACACGUACCUGCCCAACGAGCCACUCAGCAAGGACCGAGUGGAGGCUUUCAGCGAUGGAGUUUACGCCAUCGUAGCAACACUUCUCAUCCUGGACAUAUGCGAGGACAAUGUUCCAGACCAGACCACUGUCCAGACGCAGUAUGGCGGCAGCCUGAUAGCAGCGCUUCAAGACUACGGCCCCGAGUACCUCGCCUACUUUGGUUCCUUCGCCACCGUCGGCCUUCUCUGGUUUGUGCACCACUCGCUCUUCCUCCACGUCACCAAGGCAACGCGCUUCAUGGGCCUGCUGAACACCUUCUCGCUGGCAUUUAUCGGAGGUUUGCCGUUAGCUUACCAGCUAACGCACGAAUUCCCACGCAACUCUCGCAAUGAACUGGAAGCCAUUCAGAUCAGCUGCGUGAUCAUUUUCUUCGCAGGAAUAUUUCAGCUUGCCAUUUGGGUGGUCGCACUUUACAACGAACAGGAAACUCUGCACCCUUAUGUUCGAUAUGGCGGACGCGAGCACGUGUUUAUGCUAGCUAAGCUAGCUCUGUACCCCUGCGUUGCUCUGGGGACGUUUUUCCUGACAUGUAUUUUGAGUAAAUUUAGCGCCCCCAUUUUCCACCUGAUGGAGAUCACGGUGCCUUUUGCUUUCCUUGUGCUGAGGCUGUUGGUGCGUGUCGGGAUGGCACUGCUACGGCUGAUGUUCUGUCCCGACAGGCCCAACCAGAGGGGGGUCAUAGAGGAUGAAGAUGACGAGACAAGAGUGCCAUUCAACGCUUUAGUUACCUAGCAAGGUUAGAGGGGAGGUGGCCGCAGGAAAUCGAGCUAACUGACAGAGCAGUGAGGCAUUAUUGCUAAGAUGCUUGGUCUCUGAAAGAGUUACUGAGAGAGAGUGAAUUAGGAAUCACGUGGAGAAGAAGAUGGUGAUCUUUUAAUUUAAACUGGUUCAAAUCUUGUGAAGGAAUCAGUGCAAAAUGGGAUUAGACGUGAUCUCACAUGUUGAGGGCGGAGUAAUGAAGUGAACCAGAGUGGUGAAGGAUGCUGACCACCAAAGCCUAUCCAUUCAUUUUAUUUCUUUAAAGGGUACAUUCGGCAUUUUUCAACCUGGAUCACAUUUGCCCAUGUUUUUGUAUCCAGGUGACUGAUAGGAACAACAAUUUUGUAAACUGGUCCAGUAUUGAGUAAGGCUGCUGCAGCUGGCAGCGGCAAAAAAGGCUGCAAUCUAACUAUACGGGGUGUUUGCACCAUUAAUUUACGUCCACUAAAAGUGCUUGUUUUGUCACUGACAGGCUCAGAUUGUUAUUUUAAGUGUCUGACACCAUUAUGGAAAGGAUCAGUACAGAGGUCGACCUCUUGUUAAAGACUCUUUUGUUUAAGAAACAGCCCAAAAAUUGCUAUAGCCACACCCACCAGACUUCAUUUAAAAAAACAGUAAUUAUCAUUGUUAAACACGCUGCAUUCAAAGUCGAAAGAAACAAAAUAAAACUCACAAAAACCAUCUUGGUUCACGUUCUCACACUCGCACAACAAUCACAAACUUUAUCGACAGGAAGGCAAUCCAGGCAUUAGGGCUGUGCAUCUUCAACGGCCUCACGAUUUGAUUACGAUUAUCUAGUCAAGGUGCAUCCGACUUCAUGUCCUCUUUCACCACAUCCAUAAAUCUAUGCACUCUAUGCGUAAUAAGAAAUCAUUAGCAUUAUAAGAUUCACUGAAGUGUGUAGCCAUGGGGUAGUUACGAUUUUUUGUUCUAAUGGCAUAUUAUGCUCAACAAGGCGUCCUCAGGCGUCUUUAUGUACGGCCUAUGUAGAAAAAGAGUAGGGGCGUGUCUAAAAGAAAAAAUAAUGGGUUCAGGAAAGACUUUACUCAAAAAUGAAUCAUCUCAGUAAUGGCCCAAUUAUGUUUAAUUAUAUGUUUGAUUUGUUUGAAAUAAACCCUUAAUUCACCCAGUUAAAUGUGAAAACAUGCUGCCACUACACACACUACAAUUACUGUUUAUUUUAAUGGAGUCUGGUAGAAUUGAUGAUGGUGAUUUUGGGGCCGUUUCUGGUUUAACAAAAAAGAUCUUACUCUUUAACAUAAAGUUCUAUCUCUGUAGGGAUCCUCUCCAGAAGUUGACAGACACUUCUAAUGACAAUCUGAGCCUGUCAGUGGCAAAAACAAACACUUUAAUUUCUUUUUUCUGGCUGUAAAUUGACAGUGUGAACACGCUCUCGGUAGUCACAUUGCUUGUUUUCAUCACUGCCGGCUGCAUCAGUCUGGCUCAAUACUGGGCCAGUUUCAAAAAUGACUGUUCCCAUUUGUGGCUUUAAAACAUGAAAAAAAGGUCCAGGUUGAAAAAUACUGAGCUCACCCCUUAAACAAUAACUUGGAAGAAUAUACUAAUGCUAGUUUUGAUUAGCGAAUAAUCAUCAAUCAUCUUCAAGCACUAAAAAGCUCGGUUUGAAAUGAUGGUUUCCCACUUUGAUUCAAUAUGACCCAGUUUUAUGUUUUCACUGUUGAGUAGAACAGAAGAACAGGUUUGAUAAUUAUAGUUAAGUGAAGGUGCCAAGCGAAGAUGUGAGACAAAGAGUCCAUCCAACUGGUUUGGUUUUACUUGAGCCUUCAUUUAUUUUUUAACCUCGUGUUCCCCAGAGAAAAUCUGCCGAGCGCGUUCAGACACAUGCAGGAAAAAUGCACGAGAACUGACGGCUGGAGUUUAGUUUUGUCUCCUGUAUAAAUGUUGCAGUUGACCUGUUAGCAGAUAGAGUUCAAGUCUUUAGUGUUGGCACUUUAAACAUUUUACUGAAUGGGUACGGCCAUGAAACUUGCACUUUUUACUAAUCAAUAUUUUGAUUUAGAUAUUUGUGUGCACUACCCACUGGAAUGUAACCUCAUCUUUUCAGUUACUAUCACAAUGCUUCUUUUGUUUCUACUGACUGUGCACUUAAUGAGCCCCAAAACUGUUUAUUUAAAUGUAGAAAAAGGCCGAAUGUGAAUGGAUAUUGAUGAUUUUUAGUUUCAGUGAUAAUGACUUCAGGUUUUCUUGCAAGUUCUGUCUUUAAAAAGUCAUGUCAACCCCAAUGUGGUAUUAAAGGAUCGUUCAGAUUUUUAACUGGGGUUGUAUGAGGUACUUACAGUAUGUUAUAUUCCACAGAUGUCAGUCAGCACGCCUUCAGUUUGGAGAAGCAUACCGGAGUCUGACAUGGAAAGCAAUGUGCUGCCAUGAAGGGGGCCGGCAAUUUUACAGACUUACUUACAGAGCAGUACAGUCAAGCUCCCUCUAAUGUAGCUGAACCACUUCACAUGCAUUCUUCAGCUCACGUAAUUAAUCAGAUAAAUUUGUUAUCUUUCCCUCGCACUCGCCUUAAGACCCGUGGUCAUCGAGCUUUUGCUGACACUGUGGUUUCUUUUAAAAGCCAGCUGAAGACGCACCUGUUCAGACAGGCGUUUGUGAAGGGUGAAUUCUUCUUUUCCUUGUGUGUGUGCAAAUAGUUUUGCUAGCUGUGCACUUUUCACUAUGUGGCUAAUGUCGUCACUUUGUCUCUAUGAUUUUUUUCUUGUUGUACAAUGCUCUUGUGAAGCACUUUGUGACCUGUGUCUGCGAAAAGCGUUAUGUAAAUAAUUUUUACUUUUUUACUUAAUUUUUAGCCACCUAAAAAAGUCCCACAUAAAAGAAAAAAAAAAGAAUCAGUAUCACAGUUAAGUGUACACUAUACUUGAUGUCAGACUGAUUUCCAGUGGGAAAAUGAAGCCCUUGUAUCGCUCUCUUCAAAGCCAGACUCCACUGACAAAAGCAGUAAUUUAAGCUCACUGAACACAGGAGCUGCUGUUGCCUGGAGCAGUUAGUUAGUUUGUGGUAUUGUGUGACUUUGGCAUUUUAAAGGAUUAGUUUGGGCUUGCUGGAAUCACACAAUAACACAAACAAACCAAUUUAUCAAAGCAGCAGUAGACCAGCAGCUCCUGUGUCCAGCGAGCUUAAAUUACUGAUUUUGUCAAUGGAGUCUGGUGGCUCUGACGAGAGCAUAUAUAGGGAACUGAAGCAGUCGGAACAGGCUGUCUGACAUUAAAGUUAAGCAGUGAAAAUAAUCUCAAUAUAGCGCACACUUACUCGGUUAUAGAUAAUUUAAGUUUAGGUUAUUUUAGGCUCCUGUCUGCUUCUCCAAACUGGGGGCAUGCUGACCUACAUCUACUGUGUCUAACACACUGACUGUGUAUAGGUACCUCAUACAACCCCUCUUAAAAGAUCAAAACUAUCCCUUUAAUAUCAGAAGAAAUCAGUUUAUUUUAAGUGGAAAUUACUGUUUUGUUUUUUUUGGGGAGGUUUGUGAAAUCAGGUGUAGCACAUUCCUCCAGAAGGGGUCACUGUUGUUUCUGUUAAACAGUCCUGAGACCGCUUUCAUGGCUGUUAAUGAUGAUGAUGUGCCGUUAUGUGUGUUUGAUACUGACGUAAAAGGGGACCAGAAUCUGACGUGCACUUUAUGGAAACCUGUCAGGUGAAGGAGAAGGGUUAUAAAUAUAUAUCAACAAGGAACUAAACAGCUGUUAACUAUUGCUUUUUAAGACGGAGACAAUAAGCUCAGCUGGCUCUGCAUGUCAGGUGAAAGGCUUGUUUCUGAUUCGUUAGACACAUUGGUCGUCACGUUUUUGUUCUGUUGAGCAGCUUCCAGAUCCAAACUACUUGUAGAACCAGGUAUGGUUUUAUUUUAUGGGCAUUUGUAGUGAUCUGUAGUCAGAAUCAGUUGAUCAGGAUGGGAGCAGUGUAACGAGACUUUGAUUUCUAUGAAGGAGUAAAUGCCUGUAUUUGUUUGCCAGUCAUCGUGACGCUCUUAACAUCCCAAAAUAUUGGUCGCAAAAUGUUGUCAGGCAUUGUUACCUAAAUAAACAACUGUAUUUGUAAAUUUUUCACGUUGUCAGUCAUAGCUUCAUGUUUGAGUCCCAACACUCAGCAGGAUCUUUACUUUCCUCAUUUCUGUUGACACCACAUUACCUUUAGAAAUCAGGUUUUUUUAAAGACCUGUCUGUUGCUGUCGUUCCUCCAACAUGGUGGUGUGUUCGAGGCCAGAGGAAUCCCUCCCCAAAUAUUCUCUUUGACAGAUUUCUCACUGCUUCGUUGCUGUCUGUCUGUAAUCAAACGCUGCAUUUGCUCUUUCACACUGUGCAAAAGCUUUUUUUUUAUGUCAAAUCACAAACUGUGGAGCUUUGUUUUGUGAAUAAAUCUGAAAUUGUUCCUUCAA